AUGUCUGCGGCCGUAACCGCGUCUUCACGCGAUUUCUGUGAUCCUUUAAUUUCAGAGCGAGCCAUCGACGACGCUCGGCCGCUUAAGGUUAUAUACAUUGGAGCAGGUGUCUCAGGCAUUAUUGGUGCAAUUGAAUUUCAGAAAUACGUUCCCAAUCUUGACCUCGUCAUCUAUGAGAAGAAUCCCGAGAUAGGUGGGACUUGGUACGAGAACAGAUAUCCUGGAUGUGCAUGCGAUAUUCCCUCUCACUCUUACCAGCUCAGCUACGAAUCUUCCCCCGAGCACUGGAGUAGUUUCUAUGCUGAGGCGCCGGAGAUCCUGAGAUACUGGCAACGGGUAGCAGACAAAUAUGACGUUCGAAAGUAUAUCCGUCUAAGUCAUCAAUGCCUCGAGGCGCGGUGGCUGGAGACUGCCUCGCAAUGGCAGGUUAAGAUUCUGAACCUGGAGACGGGACUCAUCUUCACCGAUACCGCGGAUGUGUUCAUGACCGGAAUUGGAGUUUUGAAUGAAUGGAAGUGGCCAGACAUCAAAGGACUGCACGACUACAAGGGAGAGUUGCUGCACAGUGCCAAUUGGGAUGAGAACUUUGUUGCAGAUGGUAAAUCAGUUGCUGUCAUUGGUGGAGGAAGCAGCGGCAUCCAAAUUGUACCUGCUCUCUUACCCAAGGUCAAAUCCAUGGACCAUUACGUUCGUGGACGCACAUGGAUCUCGACACCCAUUGGUGACGAGUUUGUAAAACAGCGGACAACAGAAGGGGGUAACUUCGACUACACGCCAGAAGAGAAGGCAGCCUGGACAAAGGAACCGACGGCCUAUAUUAACUACCGAAAGAUGCUUGAGCUCGGUAUCCAAUCCAAUUACCGAGCUGUCAUUCGAGGAGGAAAGCAGAACGAGAGCGACAGAUUAACCUACGAGAAGGAUAUGCGCCACAGGCUCAAGGGAAAGCCUGAAGUGAUUGAACAUCUUUUGCCUGAUUUCCCGCCUCUGUGUAAACGGCUGACUCCGGGUCCUGGCUACCUCGAGGCUCUGGCGGCUCCUAAAGUUGAUGUUGUUCCAACACGUAUCUCACAUAUCGACGCGACUGGAAUCGUCACAGUCGAUGGGACACACCGACCCGUGGACGCCAUUGUCUGCGCAACGGGUUUUGACACGAGGCCUGGUGGCAAAGGGAAAUUUCCCAUCUACGGUCGUAACGGAGUCAACCUCGUUGAUCGAUACUUGAAGAACGCAGAGACGUAUUUGGGCCUUUGCACGGACGGGUUUCCCAAUUUCUUCCAGUCACUUGGACCCAACGCUUUCCAGGGAGCAGGGAGCCUUCUCGUUCAGAUGGAAGCUACGCACAAGUAUGUGGGGCAGAUUCUUCAGAAACUGUCCACGGGAAACAUAAGGACCAUUGAGCCGAAGAGGAAGCAGGUCGAGAAUUUCAGCAGAUUCUGCGACAAGUACUUCCAGCGGACAGUGUUCACUACGCAAUGCAGCAGUUGGUACAGAAGCGCAGUUGACGCCAACGGACAGCCCAAAGUCACGGCACUGUGGCCUGGAAGCAGCAUCCAUGCAGUGCGCGCUCUGGAGAAGGUUCGAUGGGAAGAUUUUGAAAUGGAGACGGCUGAUGGAAAUGAUUUCGGUUGGUUCGGCAACGGAUGGACCAUGGCAGAUGUAGACGUCGAUGCCGAGGGCCUGACAUGGUAUGUCAACCAGACGAACUUUUUGGCACCAGACAUCAAAAGUCACGAGGUCAACGGCUUCAAAGAGAAUGGGGCCAUCGAUAUCGGAGCCGAGGUAAUUAAUGGCAUUGGUACAAGUAUUCUUUCAAACGGCCUGCGGAACUGA